CGAUUCCCUGUGGAAUGAUUUAAAAGUAAUUGACAUUUGACAUUUGAUUUUGUAGGUUAUGGUGGUAUAGUGGGUUAUGAAUACAAUAAUAAUUUAACGUACAAUAAAUAAAUCAUAUUUUAGUCCUAAAUAACUGGGAUAACAUAAAAAAAACGCUAUGGCGUCAUUGAACAAAGUUUUACUACAACCACAACUCCCAUUAUUAACUGCGAAACGAUUCCGCGGAAAGAUCAACAUACAGAGGCCUCGAAUGCCUCACUUUGAGAAACAACUUCUAAUUGAUAUAUCCAAACCUUAUUACGGGCCCCCAAAAUAUAAACUGCCGGAAGUUCUUCGCUGUGACAAAGGAGAAAAAGACAAUGUAGAGAUUGAUAACCCAUUCGAAAGAAUAUUAGCCUCUGAAUGUUUGAACUGGUUCAAUACAUCAAAAAUGGUUGUGUUUUUACAUGUGAAUUCUAUAAGUAUGGAGGACAAGACGCCGAUUUUUGCUACAUUAGUCAAAAAUAAUAUGCAUUUAAGAACAUAUGGCAAGAAAAUAGUUAGCAUGGCCACAAAAGGAACCCGUUAUGAGGCAGUCAACCAUCUGUUCACAUCUCAUCAGAAUAUUAUAUUUGGGCAACCAGAAAAUGCUUCAAAAAUGUUUAAAAUAUUAAAAAAGGCUCCACAGUUAGUUGUUAUGGCUGGCAUCAUACAAGAUAGAUUUAUGUCCAAAAACGAACUACUGGAGUACAGUCAAAUGCCAUCCUUAGAUGUUGCUCGCCAGCUGUGUUCAGUCCUCGACAGUGCUGGAUCUAGUGUUGUUGGCCUGUUGAAUAGAAGUCAGCAGACACUUGUUUCACAUCUAGAGCAACAUGUAGAAAUUACGAACUCCUCCAACAAAGAUGGCGCCAAAGAGAAGGCUGAUGGUGCAGAUAGCUGAAUAUAUACUAUUUAAUUAUUGUAGAUAAGACAUGUACAUUAAGAAAAAUACUGUUGAUUAAUGUAUCCUAACAACUUUUAUUUCCCACAUACUGCAUGAACAGAAUCUGUCAUUCUGGUGACCUUCUUUUUAGGUAAUAUUAUUAUUGUUCGUUUUAAAAGUAUUUUGGUGUAAUUGUGUCAUACUCCAUUCAGUGACACCUGUCGGGCCUCUCUUGGAUUUGGCUUUUGCCCUGAAAACCCAUAGUGUACUUACCAGUGCCAUGUCAAGUUCAGUAUAUGUUUAUAGACCCUAUGUGCUGGUAUUUUAGUGUAAUUAUAAUACCAAGUGUAGGUAUAAUAUCGAGUUUGAUGGGCAAUGUAGAGCAUAAUUGAUUACUUUUGUAAUUAGAAAUAGCAAUUGGGAUUUUAUUUAAUCCGAUUACUUGUAAUCAGAUUGAAUGAAACCACCAAAUUAAUAAGUAGUUGCAAUUACAUGAUUACUUUUGUGAAAUCGCAAAAUAUGCGAUAUAAAUGGAUAACUAUUGCCACAAGACAUAAAUCUUGAUCUCGUUGA